UUAAAACCCACCUGAUACUGCAAGCGGAUAGAGUCCAAAGCCUCUGGUCUUGGUUUUCAAAAAUUGACAGAGUUGCAAUUUUUGUUUUUGCACAAGCAAAUAUUCUCUAUUUUUUAAAAUAAAGGAGAAUAUAAGCAUUCCCUUGGAUGUCUGAUUUUUUGUACAACAUUUUGAAAAUUUCAUGCAUCUGAUCUGAAACUCUUCAGUAUCUGGAAAAGUGGGUUUUGAUUUUUAUUUUGAGCAGUACCAAGAUUAAGACCAAGAAUUUUCUGCAGAGGAAAAAAACCAGAGGAAGAGAAAAUGUUGGCCAGUACUCAAGAAGACAGAACAUGGAGUGAUAAGAAGAUGGAAGGAGAUGACGGUGUGAGAACUGUAGAGUGCCUAAGAGGAAGACUUCUAGCAGAGAGACAAGCUUCAAGGACUGCAAAAGAGGAUUCAGAAAAAAUGGCCAAGAAAUUGAUGGAGUUAGAAAACCUUCUAAAAGAAGAAAUCAAGCAAAGGAACAAAGCUGAAAAGAAGCUUAAAUUCAUGAAGAAGAAGCUUGAAUCUUUAAAGACUUCUUCAUCAACAGAGCGUUCAAGUUCUUCCGAGAACUCCAAAGUUUCUUGCAUCCAAUCGACAAGUAGUACUUCAGCCCCAAAUGAUCGAGAAGAAGAAAUUGAAUCCAAAUUCCAGGCUACAGGCUCAGUAGCUUCACAAGAAUCAAGCCACAAUGAUUCACAAACCGCAAAAUCUAACUUAAACCAUGAAAACCCCUCAACUUCUUCUACUUCCCAAUCUAGUUCCAGCUCAGAAAAUUCUUUCCCUGAAGAAUUCUGCCAAAACCCAUCUCAGAAAUCUCAAGAUUCGAAGCCUGAUUACAACAGCUCUUCAGAGUUUAAAUCUUCAGUAUCAGAGCACGAGAAUUACAAUGAAGAAAAUGUGGAUAACUCGCUUGCACUAGUUCCAGUGAGUUUGCCUUCGAUCUCUCAGACUGCUGAGGUUAAACCAGUUCCAGUCCAUCAAAGUGUUAGAGAAGUUCUUGAAACACUAAGACAUGCCAGAGAAAAUAUCCAGAGCACAAUGGAGAGCAGAAGAAUGAUUAGAGUUGGUCCAGUUUAAAACACAGAUAAGAAAAUCAAUUUUCCUUUUAGAUAAUAUAGAAUACUCAAAACCUAAACUAAUGUAUUACGUUUUAUGCAAAAAAAGAAUAUAUAUAUAUAUAUAUAUUAAUGAUUUAGCAGUGUAAGAAGAAGAGGAUGAAGAAGAACAUGUAUUUUUGUGGAUGUAAUAAUUUUGCUUUUAACUCACAGAUAGCAUGUGAAAGUGGGGUGGGAUUUGAUGUUUUGGUUUUGGGCCCCAAACUUGCUUCCAAAUAUGCUUUUCAGCACCAGUAAAUUGAGUUUUUGUUGAAAAUGGGGUCAGAAUUGAGGUA